CUUACGGUGCUCACUUCGCCCCUUCGCCUUAUACCAAGCCUCCUCUUCCUCGUCCUCUCCUCCCUCCUCGUUCGAUCCUCCGUUGUUCCAAGACACGACAUGUUGCGUUGAUAGAAAUGGCUCGUCGGGACGAGCCAGUGUUUCGGUGAUGUUUUAGUUGGUUUUUUUUUUUUGUAAAAAAAAAUUUUUUUUUGUAUCUUCCCAAACCAUAUAAAAACACAAAACACAACACAACAUAAACCAAACAAAAAAACAAACAUAAAAAAAAAAACUAUGCGGACUAAAACUAAUUAACUUGAUGCUUUGAGAAAAAAAGACAACAAAAACAACAACAAACAAACAAAAAAAAAGAUUAUCGGAUAAAAAAAAAACCAAAACAAACAACAACAAAAAAAUUAUUAUUUUUUUUGUUGUUAAAUGCAUAAUUCCGGGGGAAAAGAAGCAACUUACAUGUCGAUUAUUGUAUUAUAUAGAAGAGAGAAGAACACAAGUUAAAGAAGGAAUAUACCAAACUUAAAGCAGAAGCAGAUCCAUCCAUCGCAUCCCCUUAUAUUCUAUUAUAAUCUUUAUAAUAAUCUUUCUUUGAGGAUUCUUGUAUUGCCCUGUUUGUGAUUUGAGAUCUCUCCCCCUCUUCCCAAGAAAGGAUUCUAUACAUUAUUAAAUACGAUCAAGGCCUACCUACGUGACGCAUGUUAUCUUAUUGAGCCAAGGAAAAAGGACACAAGAGAGAUUCCAUAUAUAUAUAUAUAUAUAUAGCCACAUAUAUAUAUAAUAUAUGUAUAGCACACAACACAACAGUUAUUAUGUAUAACAUAGAAGUUAUAGACUAAAAAAUCUUUUUGGUUGGUUGGCUGGUUUGAUCGGCAUCAACGUCACAACAUCACAUCGUCAUCACCAUCAUCAUUAUCAUCAUCAUCAUCACCAUUACCAACAGCAACAAACAGACAGAUGUAUCGCCCAGUAUUUAUUGUACUUUAGAGAGGUUUUUGGAGAUUGCUUCUGCUUAGCUAAACUGUUAGCAGAGGCAGCCUAAACAAGGCCCCCCCUAAGUACUGAUGCAAGCUGCCCCCCAUAAUUAUAGCGCCAAGAUAAGUGUGUUUGGUAAUUCCAAGAAAAUCAAACUAGAAGUGUCUCCUUAUGGCCAGCAUGUAGUUCAUGGGCCUGCAUCUGCUAUUACUGCUCAUGUUGCUGCUACAUCCAAUACACAACCGAGCCCACUUGCCACCAAUAACACGACUCACCACGCCAACGAUCUUCCUCCUCCACAGACUGCUUGUAUUUUACCAUACAGUCAUCGCACUGCUGGUGGACAUGACUAUGGGGACUUCAUUUCAAAUCGACAUCCUUCAUCUAGCCAUCACCAGUCAGCGACAACAAACACGUUUCUUGCAGCAGCUGCCCCGUCGUCUCGAAUAAAACGCCAGGAAAGUUAUCAGCGAUGUGGCUUGAAACGCAAAAGUGAAGAGCUAAUAGAUGCCCCGAUGCAGCUUACCGAAGCUCACGCUGUCUCCAGCGAGGAUGAAAACAACACUACUACUGCGGCUGCUACCACAACCACCACUACCACAACUUCAAAAAAUACCAACUCCCCUAACAAUGACGGUGACUACCAGUUGGUGCAGCAUGAAGUUCUGUACUCCAUGUCAAGUGCCUAUGAGGUACUGGAGUUCUUGGGACGAGGGACAUUUGGACAGGUGGUCAAAUGUUGGAAAAAAGGAACCAGUGAAAUUGUUGCCAUUAAGAUCCUCAAGAACCAUCCCUCUUAUGCUCGACAGGGACAAAUCGAAGUCAGCAUCUUGUCUCGACUUAGCCAGGAGAAUGCUGACGAGUUUAAUUUUGUACGUGCGUAUGAAUGCUUUCAGCACAAGAAUCACACAUGUUUAGUGUUUGAGAUGCUUGAACAAAAUCUCUAUGAUUUCUUGAAACAAAACAAAUUCCAGCCCCUCCCAUUAAAGUACAUCCGUCCCAUAACCCAGCAAGUACUGACUGCACUUCUUAAACUAAAGAACUUAGGUCUAAUUCAUGCAGAUCUUAAGCCAGAAAACAUCAUGUUGGUAGACCCAGUUCGUUUCCCUUAUCGAGUAAAAGUCAUUGAUUUUGGAUCUGCUAGCCAUGUUUCUAAAGCUGUUUGUUCAACAUACCUACAAUCAAGAUAUUACAGAGCUCCUGAGAUUCUCUUGGGACUUCCUUUCUGUGAAGCCAUAGAUAUGUGGUCGCUAGGCUGUGUGAUAGCUGAGCUAUUCUUGGGCUGGCCACUCUAUCCUGGAUCCUCAGAAUACGAUCAGAUUCGAUAUAUUUCCCAAACCCAAGGCAUGCCAGCGGAACAUAUGCUAAGUUCUGCCACAAAAACUGCACGCUUCUUUGUGCGUGAAAACACUGAUAGCAAUUAUCCAUUCUGGCGAUUAAAAACGCCAGAAGAGCAUGAAGCAGAAACUAAAAUCAAAUCAAAGGAAGCUAGAAAAUAUAUCUUCAACUGCUUGGACGAUAUGGCGCAGGUGAGAAUGCCCCGGAACUUCACUCAAGACAAAGCGUUUGCUAUUAAUGUACCACAAGAUUUAGAGGGCCGAGAAUUGGUUGCUGAGAAGGUAGAUCGAAGAGAAUUCAUAGAUUUAUUAAAACGUAUGCUAACACUGGACCGUGACCGUCGUAUCACUCCAGGAGAAGCCCUCAAUCAUUUGUUUGUUGUUAUGGGACAUCUUGGAGAUUAUGGACACUGUAAUAUAGUCAAAAGUAGUGUGCAAAGUAUGGAAAUCUGCCGCCGACCACAAACAAUAAGUGCUUAUGAUCUGAAUCAGAAUAGUGGAUCAGUGGUUGCUAACUUAGUGCCAUCAUCAACAGGCAAUAUUACAGUCACAUUUAAUAACCAAAUCAAUGGUUUGCCUCCUCAGGUGGCAUCUCAGAACUUUAGUGGAACUGCUCCUCAAGCAACAGAACUUCCAUAUCUUCAGUAUCCAGGCCAGUCAGGCACCACGUACCUGCCCUACCAACCAGGGCCACCACAAGUUGCUACCCAACAGCUUAACCAGCAACUGCCACCACAGAGAAACAGUACUCAGUUCAAUCGACAUGAUCCAUUCCGUCAACCUUUAUUACCCUCCCUGGUUGUACCUGCCCCCAUUCAAGGUCUCAACUCACCAAAUCGAUAUUCUAAUGUUGUUCCUAUGGUUACACAAGCUCAUCAAACACUACAACUGCAACCACAGAUUAUGUCACAGACUGUCACCACCCAACAUCUAACGCCGGUCAUCGACAGGGGUCGUGGUCAAGUGUUCAUGACGAAUGCACCUAUGAAUUCCUGGCAUGGAAACAGACAGGUAGUGGUGAGUUCUUGGCCACAGCAAAUCCCAGCUUUAACUUCCCAAAGAUCUAUUCAGCAACCUGCCGCCACUGCUGUCAUUCCCGACACUCUACCCACUCAGGCUGUCUCCGAUAGCUGGCGCCGUUCAAUUGUAUUGGCAGGAGAAGAUCUUGAGCAAGCGCCACCUGCAGUGGUACCCUUGGGGUCAGCGAACCAACAAUGGAAUCUUGCCAGUGUAGUACCGAGCACAUUUGGUCUGCCUACAGUGAGGCAAACGUCCCAGUCUCAUUCAAGCAAGCGGCAAACUAAAAAUAGGACCAGUAAGGAAAUAUGUACCUCAACCCAGUUAUCUCCUGUGAAAAAGCGUGUGAAGGAGAACACACCACCACGACUGGACAGCUUGCACAAAGAAGAGAUCCUGCGUCUAACUGGCUGGAGCAAUGAAGCACAAGCGGUGCCAUUGGGUAGCAAAGUCAGCAGCAGCGGCAGCAGCAGCAAGAGUAGCAGCCACACAGGUACAAGAGGUUCAGGUGACCACCGCCAGACUAUUGUUAUAGCCGACACUCCUAGUCCAGCGGUCAGCGUAAUCACCAUCAGCUCUGAUAGUGAGGAUGAAGAAGAAUCCAAGAGGCAUUUAAAGGAUACGGUCAAAAAAGUUCGUGAUGUACAUACCAGUACUAAACACAGCAGCCAUCAGACAUCUGCGCAUCAGCCACGGCAGUACCAACAGCAGCAGCAGCAACAACAGCAGCAGCAGCAGCACAGUAAUCACAGCAGUACUAGCAGCAGUAGCAGCAGCAGUCAUGUCAACAAUCCUUAUGUCCAGAACAGCAAUAGUGUCGACAGUGGCAACUGUAGCUCAAGAUCAGGAUCGUCAGCUUUCGGUUCUCCAAGAGUGCGAAAGAAUGUGAUUAGCUGUGUAACAGUACCUGACAGCCCUGAUCUAGAUCAUAUUUCUGCUGUAGCAGCAUCUGCUAGCAACUCUGCCCACAGUGCUCGCAAGCCACUUACUUUUACCCCUAUUAAACAUGAAAUUACCUCCUCCUCCUCUUCCAGCAAUAUUGCUAACAUGAAAAGCAUAGCAGCUGUCUCUUCUUCCUCAUCUUCAUCGUCGUCCUCUUCUUCAUCUUCAUCCUUGGGUGGCUGCCCAGCUGCGUCUGUCUCCGCGACUACGACUAACUCAGCCUUGAUCCCCGACAGUAACUAUGUCAGCAGUAAUAAUGGCAAUGGCAGCUACAUUAAAAGCCACAUGGUCCCUCCGAAUCAAAGACAACAUGUUCCUGCAUCAAGUGCUGCUAUGAGAGCUACAUCAGCAUCUCUCUCAUUCAUUCCACCCAAUGUCGUGAUGGCCGAAUCGUCUCGGCAUCACAAGUACCGCGACCAUGUGACCAAAACCUCCCCUUUCGUGACACACAUUCCCAAGCAGGAAGUUUCUUCGCUGUCCUCGUCAUUUCUUUCUUGUGCAUCGUCUGCUGACCGACUACACGUGAACAGAAGUCCAGUCAAACAUGAAGUGAAACCACUCCCGCUAGAAGUUGAAGUAACCAGUGCAUCAUCUAUUCAUAGUAAACUUGCCUAUGUUUCUCCGACAGUCCGACUCAGCCAGAACCAGCCGCGAACACUUCAUGGCCAUUCAUCUCAUCGGAAUUUUAUCGGUCACCAGCCAGCUGGUACAUUAGUAGCCACUGUGCUCAACAGUAAACAGCGUGUCCCAAAUGGCCUCAACACUGCAGCAAAUAAUUCCUCUCAACUCUCUCCAGCUCAGCCCAAUGUACAUAUUGGGCAGCCUAUCUUUCUAAAUACUGGCUCUCAAGUUGAAGUACAUAGGUAAGUGGACUGCCUUGUUUCCCUCCCGUGUCUUCACCCCCCAGACCUAAUCCAGUAAGUGGACUCCUUACAGUUUACUGCCCGCACUCAGCAAAGCGUAUCUCUCUUUUCCUCUUUCUAAAACAUCCAAACCAUGUCUUCUGUCAUACAAGUUGGGUAGGGCGGGCAGGCUAUCAUCAAAACUUAGACUGUGCACACCAUUUGGAGGAGGAACUCUCAACUAUGUCACCCUGUAUUUGAUCGAAACUGUUUUGCACUUUUUUCUACAUCUAUCUUGUUGGCUUAGAGAAUAUCAGUUGCCCUAAAGCAAAUAAAACCCCCACAAAAGCCCACCCCAGCCCCCAAAGCCGAAAUGAAAGAAGAAAAAAAAAGACAGAAAGACCCAAAGAAUGAGCAGCUGGAGAAACUCUUGUUAUCACUCACUCACAGCUUGUAAAAUCCGUCAAGUUUUGACAUCAGCUGGACCGAAUUCUUCUUGAAAUAAUGCUUCCCACACCUAUUGCUUGCUUGUUUGCUUAUUUUUGAAUGGUUUUUUUUUUUUUUUUUUUUUUUUUUUUUUUUACCUAACUUCUGCUGUAAAUCUUUUAACUAUCAUCUUGGCCUGAAACCCAAGGAACCGUACAAGAGAAACGAAAGAAAAAUGCAAAAAAAAA